GCUUUCAACAUCACAGCAGAGCAAAUUAACUACACAUUCCUCUGUUUUGGCUCCCCUGUUAAACCAAGAAACUUCCAAUGGCACCCCAUGCAUCUUCUUUUGCUCUUGUUCUUGUCAUUUUUCUCUUUGUUGAAAUGCACUUCCACGGUGCCACUGCUGACUAUGGCGGCUGGCAGGGUGGUCAUGCUACCUUCUAUGGUGGUGGUGAUGCUUCUGGCACAAUGGGAGGUGCAUGUGGCUAUGGGAAUUUGUACAGUCAGGGAUAUGGAACCAACACUGCAGCUCUGAGCACUGCUUUGUUCAACAAUGGCUUGAGUUGUGGGGCAUGUUAUGAAAUGAGGUGUGAUGAUGACCCAAGAUGGUGCAAACCUGGCACCAUUGUUGUCACUGCUACAAACUUCUGUCCUCCAAACUUUGCUUUGGCCAACAAUAAUGGUGGUUGGUGCAACCCUCCUCUGCAACACUUUGAUAUGGCAGAACCAGCCUUCCUUCAAAUUGCUCAGUAUAGAGCUGGAAUUGUGCCUGUGGCAUUUAGAAGAGUGCCCUGUGUGAAAAAGGGGGGAAUAAGGUUCACAAUUAAUGGCCACUCUUACUUCAACCUGGUUUUGAUCACCAACGUCGCGGGUGCAGGGGAUGUCCAUGCAGUGUCCAUCAAAGGGUCCAGAACUAGCUGGCAACCCAUGUCAAGAAACUGGGGGCAAAAUUGGCAGAGCAACUCCUACCUCAAUGGACAAAGCCUCUCUUUUCAAGUCACCGCCAGUGACGGUAGAACUGUCACAAGCUUCAACGUGGCACCAUCUGAUUGGCAGUUCGGUCAGACCUUCCAAGGGGGUCAGUUUUAGGAGGAAAAGGAAAUAGGAAUGUUAGCUACACACAUUUUAUUUUGAAAAAAAAAACUGUGAUGGAUUAAAAUUUGUUAAAGAUUAUGAAUUUGGGAAGUCUCAUAUUUAAAUAAAAAAAUUAUUAAAUAAGAUGUAAAAUUUAUUAAAAUUGGUAAUUUUUAAUCAAUUUUAAUAAAUCAUAUAAAAUGUAUAAAAAAAAAGAAAGUGUCAGAGAGUAUUAUUAUUACCAUUUUUAAAAAUAAUUGUUGAUUAUUAACUUGUUUUAGUAAAUUGAAAAUGUAAUUCAUAAAUUAUAAACUGUGUUUAUAUAUAUUAAUGUGGAGAUUAGUCGGAAAUAUAUAGUUCCAGACUAUAUAAUAAUGUCUCCAAAUUUAGACUUUGCAAUGUGGGGUAGGUUAAUUAAAAAGCUUGUAGGUAUUGUUGAUGGAAGACUAGCCGAAGAAUCUUAAGAGAGGCAUUGAUUCUUGCAGCUGUGUGAUUCUGUAAAGUAGCUGAGGUGAUUUAUAGCAUAUGUAUUAUGGCACCCGCUGGGGACUUCACAAAUGUACUGUUAUAUUGAAUAUUGAAUUCCAAUUAAAAUUAACUUCCAA